UCAUCUGCCUGCAUCGAUGCAGGGGACAGCAGCUCUCCUCCUGUCCACAUUUCAUCUAGCAGGUGUGGUGAGUGAGGAGGGGGGGUGACGCUCGGUCCCUGGUAGGAUGUAUACAGAUGGCAGAGAUUGCUGCUGUCUCCUCUGCAGCCCCCCCCGCGCCGCCGUGCAGUCAGCAGUUUGUUUAUGGGACUCUGUUUGCCGAGCUAAUCUUCCCGCCUUUUAAGUGGGAGCCACAGAGUGAAAGAGAGGGAGGCGCGGAGGGCAGGAGCGUAAAGGCAGCAGUUGAUGAGGAGUGAGGAGGAGAACGGCGCCUGCUUUGAUGAAUGAUGCCUCUCUGGCGAGCUGCGUCGGUCCGGCCGCUCUGUCCUGCAGACGCGUGAUCCGGCAGAGCACCGCCCGGCUGCACCUGUAGCCAGCUGUGAAGGAGGAGCAGGGAGGCCAGCAGGAGGAAGGAGCAUCCUCUCCCCGCGCUGCUCCACCGGGCUGGAUGGGGGUUCUGGUUUGCUGCGACUGCUUCUUCUAUAGGAAGUCCAAGCCGAAGCCGAAUGGAAAGAAGGCGCCGGCAGAGGAGAAGAAGCAGUACCUGGAGCCAGAGUUCACCAAAACCCGGGUGGUGGAUUUUGACCUGAAGGAGCUGGUGGUGCUGCCCCGAGAAAUAGACCUGAACGAAUGGCUGGCAAGCAACACGACCACCUUCUUCAACCUCAUCAACCUGCAGUACAGCACCAUCUCGGAGUUCUGCACCGGGGACACCUGCCAGGCCAUGACGGCCGCCUGCAGCACAACCUACUACUGGUAUGACGAGAAGGGGAGGAAGACGAAGUGCACGGCGCCGCAGUACGUCGACUUCGUCAUGAGUCUCUGUCAGAAGCUGGUGACGGACGAGGAAAUCUUCCCCACGAAAUACGGCAAAGAGUUCCCCAACUCGUUUGAGUCGUUGGUGAAGAAGAUCUGCCGGUACCUGUUCCACGUGCUGGCUCACCUGUACUGGGCGCACUUUAAGGAGACGGUGGCUCUGGACCUGCAGGGCCACCUGAACACUCUGUUUGCACAUUUCAUGGUUUUUGUGAGGGAAUUCAACCUGGUGGACCCCAAGGAGACCUGUAUCAUGGACUCUCUGCCCUCCCUCCCCUAUGGACGAUCAUCUGAACUGACUGGGGCUCCCGACAGUCCUGCAGGUGACCUGCAGGGGGCAGCGUGACGUCAGAGAUCAUUCAGGACAAAGACAUGAGGCCAUGUCUGCAGGGGGGUGCCCCCCCCAGCACGUGAGGAAGGUAGUUUUUAUUUUUACGAGUCCCUUUAAUUUUUUAAACCGGAUCUUCAGACCAGGACGAGUCCGGGGGGGUGACGGUGUUAGCGAACAUCCGGCCCGCUUGGACCCGAUCCCACGGUUCUGUCAGAGCCUCUGCGAGGGAGGGGGGAGGACUGCAUUUAGAGUUCUCCUUUUUAUUUAUUUUCAGGUUUUUGUUUUCUUGCAGGGUUCCUCGGUUCUGGCUCAUUUUUAUGUAUUUUAAUUAUUAACUAAGUUAAAAGCAAUUUAAUAUUUUAAGCUCUGCGAAUUAUAAUCUAAUAAAAGAGAAAUGCCAUCCA